UACACGCACUGUUUUGCAUACCGCCGAACAAUAUUUCCCCCAAAUCCCCGUGGUUCACUUCACCGAAACUGUCUACGCCGUGUUCAUCAUGCGCCUCUUUACUGAUGUCAUCUCCGAUGACGAGAUGUUUUCGGACAAAUUCCCUAUAAAAGAAGUAGACGAUAUUGUCUAUGAAGUAGACUGCGCAUUAAUAGAAAUCACCCGGGGCCCUGUUGAGAUUGGCACUGAUCCCUCUGCUGAGGAACAGGAGGAGGCGCCGGAAGAUAACACCGUCACUGUCAAUAAUGUUGUGCAUUCGUUUCAUCUACGACCAACCAACUUCGACAAAAAGACGUAUAUAAUGCAUUUAAAGGGUUACAUGCGGGCUAUCAGGAAACAUCUUGAAAAAACAAACCCCUCCAGGGCCCACGAGUUUGAACAAUGCGCAUCGCAGUAUGCGAAGAAAAUCGUCGCCAAUUUCAGAAGCUUCGAAUUUUAUACUGGAGGGAGUAUGAACGGAGAGGCUAUGGUUGCUCUUCUCAACUACCGCGACGAUGGCGAGACUCCAUUUUUCACCUUCUGGAAGGAUGGGCUGGACGUAGUUGAUUAUUGAAAAGUAAUUGACGAAAGUCACAGUAUGAGAUGGUUACGCUGACUGCAUAUAUGCCCC